GUUUAGUAUUACUAUCAAAUAUAGUAUAUACUACAUUGUUCCUCUUAUACUAAUUAAUUAGCCAAGUAAUUAAUUAAACUCAUAAUAAUAAUGGCUCUUCUUUCUCAUUACCUCUUUUCUUUAGUGUUUGUUUUGGAUUUUGCUCUUCUUUUUAAUAGUUGUCUUUGUUUCAACCCUAAACUUUUGAAUGUGUCCAAAUAUUAUCAUGACUCUUAUUCCAAUUGGUACCCUGCUGGUGCUACUUGGUAUGGAAGUCCUGAUGGCGCCGGAAGCGAUGGUGGAGCGUGUGGAUAUACAAAUACGGUGGAUAAACCUCCGUAUUCUGGCAUGGUUACAGCAGCUGGAUCCUCAUUAUAUAACUUUGGUGACGGAUGUGGAGUUUGCUACGAGGUAAAAUGUACGGAAAAUGAAGCAUGUUCGAGAAAACCAGUGACAGUGACGAUAACAGAUGAAUGUCCAGGUUGCCCUUCGGACGAACCUCAUUUCGAUUUAAGUGGAACAGCUUUUGGAGCCAUGGCUAAGCCUGGCCAAGCUGAAAAACUACGAGAUGCUGGCGUGCUUCACAUCCAAUACCAAAAGGUAAAAUGUAACUAUCGAGGAGUAACCGUGGAGGUAAGAGUGGAUCCGGGUUCGAACCCGUACUACUUUGCAUCAACAAUUGAGUAUACGGAUGGUUUGGGAAUAGAAAGUGUGAAAUUGAAGGAGCAAUCUGGUGAAUGGAUCUCCUUGAAACAAUCGUGGGGUGCAGUUUGGGAGCUGAAUGCAGACAAUGGUCUUGAUCCUCCUCUGUCUUUGGAAUUAAUUGAAGCUCAAUCUGGAGACACUCUUACCUUAAACAAUGUCAUCCCUAGGGGCUGGAACCCGGGCCAAACUUACCGUUCUCAUGUUAAUUUCAAUAACUAAUACAAAGUCAUUAGGAGACUAUUCGCAUCAUGGUUACAUUUAACUUGUCUAUAUAUGACGAGACUUGUCAUUUAUGAUAUAUAGUGGUGUGUGUAUUGUAUGUUGGUUGGAUGUAGGUUGUGGAAUGCAAAUUGUUCCCCCCAUCCCCUAUAAUCUUGAAAAUAAAUUUUUACUUUUGUUUACACUUUUUUCGUGUGCUUUACUUCCAGUAUCAUUUUGUCUAAAAGAGAGUGUGUCAUUUUCAAAGUGUUAUAAGAAAGACAAAUAUAGUUUCUUUUAUGUACUUAAUCUUAUUAGCAACAAUUUAUAUGUAGCUACA